AUGAUAGACUCUUACAAUUACAACGUCAAUCAAGUCUUCGAUGCUAGCAGCUAUCCAAUUAGCCGCUUUGCUACAGAGUUUGGACUCCAGUCUAUGUCAUCUAUCUAUUCACGGAAGCAAGCAGUACCUAAAGAUCAGCUCUCAUUCUUCUCGGAUAUGGUGAUUCAUCGAAACCGGCAAUAUGGGGAUGGUGACAUCUGCCUGGUGCUGGACAACUCAAGUCUUCCAUGCAGACUACUACACCUAGAACUAGCAUUUUAUCGUCACGAAAUAGACAUGCCCAAUCGAACCUUGGGUUCCAUGUACUGGAAACUUGAACGCCUAUGGACAGCGCCAACAUGGGCAAUUCAAGGAAACGGUAAAGCUAUCGUGGAUGGAUUGGGAACGGCCGUGUCAGGACCCGUCGGAGGCAAUGAUACGCAAUUUAUUUUGUUCACUAUCGGCGCAAUCAACUCGACGCUCGCAUACAACGCGAACGUCCAGAUUAAUGCUGCAUCAACCCACGAUCUUACUGAUCUGGUUCUCCAAAUCGAUAUGUCGGCGCUUGGGCAAGCGCCGAAUUCUGAAAUAUCGCAGAAAUACGCGCAUACCUCCUACUUCCAUCCAGUGUCACUUCAAGAAGAACAACCACAGGAUCCAGGGUUUAUAUUAGCUUAUAGUACUUCUAAUGGUGCCUAUGAAUAUACUGUCAAGGCUACAAUGGGCAUUGUGGCAUGGGUGUGGCUGGAGCAUCCGCUUGGAGUGUAUGGGCAUUUCUCCGACAAUGGUUUUUGGUUGGCCAAGGGGGAGAGCAAGAUAAUACAUUUUAUAUUCAAGAAUGACUGGGCUGAAAGGGUGUGGGUUCGCGAUGUACAGCUCCGGAGCCUAUGGAAUAACACAAUUUAUAGCGAGUGA